AUGCCGUACAAAGUGGGUGCCACACCCAGGCAAGGUAUGACCCCGGGCAAGGGGCAGACUCCUCUGACCACACCCUCCAGAGACAACCUGAGAAUAAACCCAGAUAUGGACUUUGAUGAACAACAAGAAUAUGGAAACUUUGCACAGCAAAAUCAGAAAGAUCUACUGAAAAGGGGUCUUUCUUCCUUACCUGCCCCAAGAAACGACUAUGAAAUUGUUCUUCCUGAAAAUGAGUUGCAACAGAAUGAUCAACACAUGAAUGAGAUGGAAGGAUUCAUACACGACCAGGCAGACUUGGAUGCAAUGAGACAUGCAGAAAUGGAGGCCAAAAGGCAACAGGAGCUGUUAAAGCGGUCCCAGGCAGUUCAGAGAGAAUUACCCAGGCCAGCUGAUGUGAAUGCUAACAUUAUGAGACCUCCCCCUGGACCAAGUGAUCCUCCCCUUACAGAACUUCAGAAGGCAGAGGAACUGAUAAAGAAAGAGAUGCUGACCAUGCUUCACCAUGAUGCUGUGUACAGUCCCACAGACACCCAGCUUGGCAUAAUACCAGGCAGUAAGAAAGCUGUGCCCAGUCAGAAGACUGUGGUGAACCAGGCCCAUCACUUGGCAUACCUGGAGCAGAAUCCAUACACAGAGGUAGAUGAUCGUGAUCUAGAGCAGGCCCGCGAGCUGCUGCGUAGGGAGAUGGAGGUAGUGAAGCGUGGUAUGGGGCAUGGGGACCUGUCCUUGGAGGCCUAUACCCAGGUGUGGGAGGAGUGUUACUCCCAGGUCCUGUAUCUACCAUCACAGAACAGGUACACCAGGGCCAACCUAGCCAGCAAGAAAGACAGGAUAGAGUCACAGGAAAAGAGAUUAGAGGUCAACAGAGGCCAUAUGACCAGAGAAGCUAAGCAUGCUGCAAAAAUAGAGAAGAAAUUAAAAAUUUUACUGGGAGGCUAUCAGUCUAGAGCACAGGCUCUAAUGAAACAACUGCAUGAUUUAACGGAGCAAGUGGAACAGACCUUCAUUGAAAAACAGACUUUCUCUCAUCUUCGUCAGCAUGAAGUAGGGGCCAUUCCUAAGAGAUUGGAGUCUCUAACAGAGGAUGUGAACAGGCAAACGGAGCGAGAAAGAGAGUUACAGAAAAGAUAUGAUAAACUGCAGCGGAAAAAAGAUAUGCUGGCAUUAGGAGUGUACUAGCACCUGAGGAACUCUGUUCUUAUGUGAGACUUCAGCACAAAUAUAAUGAAUUUUAACCGUUGAAGAGUACAAAUAUGAGACUUAUAAUUAUGUUCAUUAAAAGACACAAGGUUAUGUCAGUGCAGAAUCAAAGCAAUGAUAGAGAGAGUGGUUCAUUUAUUUUCAACAUGUACAUAUUAGUUUUUUGGAAGGUCCUAACAUUUUGCAGUGGAAUAAUUUCUUAAUGACAAUCUCAAACGUAAAAAACGUAAAUAUUAUGAUUAUGUACAGAAGGAAACUUUUGACCAAAAGUAAACAUCUUAAUACUUCAGUAGAUGCUGGCUGAGAAUUUUAUUAUUUAAAACCCUCGUCACUGUUCUUCGUGAUUUAAUGGCCAUUUAGAUACGUAUCAUGUUGUGCUUACAUAAUUCUGUGUGAAACUACUGGGGUAGAGGGGCACAGCCACACACGUUGCAGCUGGGGUUGAUUGUUGAUCUACAUUUUCGAUUUUCUCAUUGCUAUAUUAUGACCAAAAUAAAUGGUUGUGGAAGUUU